AUGGCUUCUGAUACUACCGCUACUGUCCGCAAGGGCUCCUGUCUCUGCGGAAAUAUCAAGUAUGAACUGACGGGUGAACCGUUCAACGCCCUGUUAUGCCAUUGCCUGAACUGCAAAAAGGUAACUGGCUCGCCUUUCUGGGGCAACGGCUGGUUCUUUAAAAAGCAAAUCACCAUCCACGCUACCCCCGAAGAUUCCAUCAAGACAUAUGAAGAUAGCGCAACAGAUGGCGGCAGCUUGCUUCUACGCAAAUUCUGUGGCCGCUGCGGCGCAACCAUGUUUGUAGAGUCGGAGCUGGGCCCGGAGAUAAUCAUCGUGUCGGUUGGUUCUUUGGAUAAGGGCGAGAAGCCAUGGAAAACAGCCAAGGAGUGCUAUGCAAAGGACAGCUUCGGUUGGGGUCCUAACGGAGAGGGAGUAGAGGUUACCCAGGGCCCGUUUGUGCUAGAUAAGGCUGAAAGUUAG